UUUAAAGGAAGAGCCGUGGGACAGUCCUGCUCCUUGCACUGUGACCACGUGCCUGGGACUUGUGACAAAGACCCUCUUCUGGAGAAGCCCUCUGGGUCCCCCUGCACAUGACCCACACAUUUGGCCCAUACCUUUCACCACUGACAGCUGCCUGACUGCUCCGGAUGUGUCCUUGUGUCACUGGCCUCAGCGCGAGAGGUGACAGGGUGCUGCUAGUGCUCUUCAGGACCAGACCCUCCAGGGUCCCAGCUUUUGUGACCAGAGGACCCACAGUGAAUGCCAGCAACUCUUCGAAGAUUUGAGGCUGAGAGAGGAGGUGUGAUUUGGCUACGUCACACAGCAAGGCUCAGCCCCACCGCUUUCCGUGUUGGCUUUGCCUCUCAAGCCAUCCCGUCCUACCCCGUGGGAUCUCACUGUCCACGGCAGGGCUAUGGACAGGAAAGUGGCAGUCCACAAGGAUGCGGCCUCCUGGAUGCCUGAGGAAGGAGAGACGGCGGACCAGGAAAGCAAGGACCAGGUGAAGGAUCGGGGCCAAUGGACCAACAAGAUGGAGUUUGUGCUGUCAGUGGCCGGGGAGAUCAUUGGGCUGGGCAAUGUCUGGAGGUUUCCCUAUCUCUGCUACAAAAAUGGAGGUGGAGCCUUCUUCGUGCCCUACUUCAUCUUCUUCCUCAGCUGCGGCAUCCCAGUGUUCUUCCUGGAGGUGGCACUGGGCCAGUACACCAGCCAGGGUAGCGUCACAGCCUGGCGGAAGAUCUGCCCCCUCUUCCAGGGUAUUGGUAUAGCAUCUGUGGUCAUUGAGUCCUACCUGAACAUCUACUACAUCAUCAUCCUGGCCUGGGCACUCUUCUAUCUGUUCAGCUCCUUCACCUCUGAGCUGCCCUGGACGACUUGUACCAAUCCUUGGAACACAGACCAUUGUGUGGACUUUCUGAAUCACUCGGGAGCCAGCACAGGGAACCACUCUGAGAACUUCACCUCUGCGGUCAUGGAAUUCUGGGAGAGACGGGUUCUGGGAAUCACCUCGGGCAUCCACAACCUGGGGGCCCUCCGCUGGGAGCUGGCCCUUUGCCUCCUGCUUGCCUGGAUCAUCUGCUACUUCUGCAUCUGGAAGGGGAUUAAGUCCACGGGCAAGGUUGUUUAUUUCACGGCCACGUUUCCCUACCUGAUGCUGACUGUCCUGCUGAUCCGCGGCGUCACCCUCCCUGGGGCCUAUGAGGGCAUCAUCUACUACCUGAAGCCAGACCUACUCAGACUCAAGGAUCCCCAGGUGUGGAUGGAUGCGGGCACGCAGAUCUUCUUCUCCUUUGCCAUCUGCCAGGGCUGCCUCACAGCCCUGGGCAGCUACAACAAGUACCACAACAACUGCUACAGGGACUCCAUCGCCCUCUGCUUCCUGAACAGUAUCACCAGCUUUGCGGCCGGCUUUGUCGUCUUCUCCAUCUUGGGCUUCAUGUCCCAGGAGCAGGGCGUGCCCAUCUCUGAUGUGGCUGAGUCAGGCCCUGGCCUGGCCUUCAUCGCGUUCCCCAAGGCUGUGACCAUGAUGCCCUUAUCCCAGCUGUGGUCCUGCCUCUUCUUCAUCAUGCUGUUAUUCCUAGGCCUGGACAGCCAGUUUGUCUGCAUGGAGUGCCUGGUGACAGCCUCUGUGGACCUGUUCCCCCAGCAGCUCCGGAAGCGUGGGCGGCGCGAGCUACUGAUCCUUGGCAUCUCGGUCGUGUGCUACCUGGUAGGGCUCUUGCUGGUCACCGAGGGUGGGAUGUACCUCUUCCAGCUCUUUGACUACUACGCCUGCAGUGGCAUCUGCCUGCUCUUUCUCUCCGUGUUUGAAGUGAUCUGCAUCAGCUGGGUGUACGGGGCAGAUCGUUUCUAUGACAACAUUGAGGACAUGAUUGGCUACCGGCCAUGGCCACUGGUGAAGAUCUCCUGGUUCUUCCUGACCCCAGGACUUUGCCUGGCCACCUUCCUCUUCUCCUUGAGCAAGCACACACCGCUUACGUACAACAAUGUUUAUAUUUACCCUCCCUGGGGCUACUCCAUUGGCUGGAUCUUGGCCUUCUCCUCUAUGGCCUGCGUCCCUCUCUUCAUGGUUAUCACCCUCAUGAAGACCCAGGGUUCCUUCAAGAAGCGUCUGUCGCAGCUCAUCAUCCCUGACCCCAGCCUGCCACAGCCCAGGCGACACCUACACCUGGACAACGGCCCUGGCCAGGACUACAGGCCCUGUCCCCUGAAGGAAGGACUCAUUGCUGGGGAGAAGGAGACGGAACUGUAGGAAGGGUCGGGGCCAGGGGUCCUUGGGGCCAGGGGUCCUUGGAGCCAGGAACCUGGGGCGGGGCUACGCUUCUGUAUUAGUGCUCUGCCUCUGCCCUGCUGAGACCUCUGGGAGACCCCGGGCCCUCCAGAGGCCACUCGCCAUCCCUUCCAAGGUGGCUCCUGGCAGCUGCAUUUGCAUCGACUCUUGUCCCAAAGCCCUGACUUCUCGGAUGAGAAAUGCCGAGGACCUGGUAGCCACACAACUUUUUUUCAAGCUUGCACGGAGGUCCUGAGGAGGACCUCAGACCUGUUGCCCUCCUCCGUAGACUGGUGUUCGCCUUCCAUCCUGGCCUUGACCUAGAUAAUAAGCUCCUACGGAUUGCUGCCACCAUGGGCUCCUGGGUCUCACGACACACCUGCUCGGCCUGUCCUGGGGGGCAGGAGUUCCUGAGCUGGUGGCCACCUCAGGACUCCCCCGCUCAGCAUUUUCUCUCUGGAGCUCUGGCUCUCGUUGCUCUUUAUCCUCACUUCCCGAGGGCGCUGAGGGUCUCUCAGGAUUCCAGCGAAACCAACGUGGGGCCGGUGUGGGCUCGCUGCUGCCCCCUGGUGACAGAGGGAAGUGGCGCGGCAUCGUGCCGCCCCGAGGCCUCCAAAAUAAGAGCGCUCUCACCUGUCGCUUCACUUUGUUCCCCACGAUCCACACCCCUGACUUCACCGGAGACCUCAGCAGCGGCCUGCGACCUCCACCAGGAGGAAGAACCACCCCAUCGCCUCUUCACACGGCUCUCUUUGCAGUCCUCACCCAGAACAGUCUCCCUGGUGACCGCGCCCCUUCUCUCAGACACUCACCCCGCCCUGGCCUGGACCUCAGCAAAGUAGGAGCUACUGGGUUGGAGCCAGAAGUCAGAGCUCCUCCUCUGUCUCAGCCCUGCGGCUGCGCAGGUGGGGGUCCCCCAGCAGUCAGCUCCCCCAGGCCACGCCACCGGAGCCCAAGGCUUGAUUGUGGUUUGUGCUGAGCAGCUCUGCACAUGGCCAGCACAAGCGCGGCAUCUUUUGGGAUCUUCGGACACCGCCUCCCCUCACCCACAGACUUCCGGAAUCCCCAGCUUUUCAUUCCCCUGGCUGCCGUGGAACUGUUUCUGCCGGGCACAGGGGCUAUGGGAGGCCUGUGUCUGCCACUCUGCCUCCCCAGGACCAAGUUCAAAGGGAGUAGAAGGUACAGACAGUCAGGGAAAGGACUUCAGGGUCAAGGUCAAGGCUCGUGGGAUCCUGCUCUUGAUGGGUCCCUAACAUGGGCAUGGAGCAACAAUUUCACUUUUUAAGCACGCAGAACACUAAUAGGCGUGUGUGGGUGUGUGUGUACAGCCGCUAUGGUUAUGAUUUGCAGCCUGUUCUCUUAUCUCCCAGACUGAGUUUCUGACUGGAGACAGAGGCCUCCUCUGGGAGCCGUGGAUUUUGGCCACUAUCACACUGGAAACACUUUUUUAAGUGGAUGCCCUCACGUGGUGGGUGGUGGUGGUUUCCAGUUCACCACCACUCCCUGUGAGUGCUGAGCCUUUUCUCUCACUCAGUUCUGAGGAUUGCUGAGUACAUAACCUGGGACAAAACUGGAACAAGGGAGGGGAGCCAGCACCCUGCCCCAAGCAGGAGAGAAAAGUAGAGGGCAGUGGUCUCAGCAGUGGUCAUGCUGGGCCCCUCAUUCACAGUGGUCCCUCUGCUCCCUAGAGCCUUCCAUGAAUUCUGGAUCAAGUCCCCUUCUUGCCCAGGCUUGUCCUGUCCCAGAGAAAGGGCAGAGGGUGGCUGACUGCAAAGCUAGGUUUGAGUGUCAGGCUACAGUAGCUCCCAUGUGAAUAGUCAGUGGAAGCCACAGAGAGGUGCACGUGGAGGGACAAAGUCCUCCUGCGUGGAGCAUCACUAACCUGUGUGAGCCACUGGGAGGUGGGCUCCCCCACCCCAGGCUCCUUCAAAUCACUGUGGGCUGGGUGGCCGCCUGGCCUGCAGCUCCGUGGGAGGCCCACACAGCAAUGCCCUGCGCAGUGGGCCAGAACGCUGGCCCGCGGUGCUGGAUAGAAAACAUAGAUUUUAGCUACUUGUUUUCAGAAUGACUAUUACAGCAAUAGGUAACUAAUACUGGCCCUGGCUUUGAGGGUCAGGGUGUCCCUCAUCUGAGCCGAAUAGUCCCCCGGUCUCUUCCUGUCUGAGCCCUUUGCCCUUCUUCUCAUCGACAUGUCUCCUGAUCACCCAGGGGCCUCAGUGGCCCUUGCUUGCUCUCUGUUCCCUGUUCUGUACCAGGUGAGGACUUGCUGAUGCUGUCCCUGCCACCCCUUCUCUUCACGCGCCUGACUCCUGAUGCCUGGGUCACGUGGCUCCCCCACAGGGCCGGCUGCUCAGGGAAGUAACAAGGGCUGAUUGGAUCUGACAGGGAUGAAAAGCUCGUUAGCCACCCACCAGUGCGCAGAGGCCAGGGAGGACACAUGAGCAGGGGAGGAUGGAGAGGCUGAUGGGGGGAAGCGUACAUUGCUCGUCUGGUCUGAGGAGCCAUGUGAUGAGGGAGAUGGGAGCAGCACUGUUACAGACACUGGAAAGCUUGCUCCUUGGCAGCCUGAGCCUUGGUGAGCUGGCUAUCCCUGAGGUCUGAGACAAGCAUCCUGCCCAAAAUCUGAUGCACCCUUAUGCUGUGGUUUUCUUUGUCUAUAUCCGCCUUCCCAGAAGGCCGAGGGAGCUCAGUAGGACAAAGGGCUCUGUGCCCGCGCCUGUGUUCCCUCCCAUCCUGGCUCUGUCCUUGCUGAUGCGGGCAGCCUUUCCUACAAGUGCUGCCCAUGGAGGACUCAAAGAUGGCCAUGCCAUGCCUGGUCUGAGCUAGCCCUCAAGGACAGCAGGGGACAUUGGGGUCUGCAUGGAAAGAAGGGUCCCAAGGCAAGGACAGGAACUGCCAGCGUAGACCCGGGCUCCUGGUCUGACCACAGCCUCUUUCUCUAUUGAGAAACAUAUUUCUAUGUUUGGGGCUUUUGGGGUCUUCUUUUUGGCUUUUUAUGUGGACAUUCAUGCUGCUGGAAAUAUGGCGGCUGUCUUUUCCAGUGACUGUGUUGACCUUCUUCUGCAGUGCCAGGAAUGGAACCCAGGGCUUCCUCUGUGUUAAGCAAGUGCUUUGGGUCUGAGUUGCACCUUCACCUAAAAUCUUUUCUAAGACUUUAGUUUGAGACAGGAUCUUGCUAAGUUGCCCAGGCUGGCUUCCACUUUGGGAUCCUGCGGCUCCAGGCUCCCAAAUAGCUUGGGGCUUUGGGUGUGCACCACCGCACCUGGCUCAGGUCACAGUCACUAUGCCUUGUUGUUGUUUUGUUUUGUUUUGUUUUUUCUUGUCUUCCUGGGGACCUAAAAGUGGUGGUAGCAGGCCUCCUUCCUCGUUUUGACAGCAAAUCAAACAUUUCACUACUGAGUGUGAUAGUUGAUGUAGAUUUUUGACAGACACUGUUUACUAGGCUGUGACAUUUUCAUCUGCUCCAAAUUUACUUUUUUUAAAAAAAAAUCAAGAAUAAAUAUUGAAUUUGAUCAAUUGCCUUUUGGUAUCUAUCGAGUUGAUCAUAUUGUUUUUGCUUUUGUUAAUGUAGUAAAUUUUAUGCACUUUUUU